AUGCAAUAUUCUCUAAAAUCUUUAGAUCUGUAAUUAAAUUGCUAGGUGUUUGAUAACUAACUUUUUGUAACUGAGUAUUUAUCUAUCUCAUGUAAUGAAUUAUAUAAUGAUAAUAUAUAUAACUUGAUAGCUUUAGCAUUAGUAGUUACAGCUUUACUAAUAAUUUAUGGAUAUUUUGUGCUUAAAAUCUACUAAAGGAGAUUUACGAGAAAAACUUAUCAAAAUUAGAUUUUAUUUGGAUUCUUUACUUAUGAAUAUAAAUAAUAGCAUCACUUAUGGGAUUUAGUCAGGCUAAUUUAUAAAAUGUUUCUUUUCUUUAUCAUGCAAUUUUCAUAUUUACCUACUCAUCUAUAGUUAGUCAUGUCAAUCCUUGCGUCGUUAACAUACACUCUUUUAACUUAGAAUUUUUAUCCUUAUGCCAAUAAGAAAUUAAAUGUUUUGGAUUUUAGAAUUUCAUGCCUUACUACAAUAUGUUUUUGUUUGAAUUCAAUAUAAUUCAGAUUGGAUUAGAAAGAGCUUCAACUUACAUAUACUGUAGCUCUUGUUUGCUUGGUGUUACUGAUUAUGGUUAUAACAUUUUCAUAGAUUUUGUUUAACUUUAAGCUAAAAUUAGUAAAAACUAUAUAAAUAAUGCAGGACAAAUCAUCAAAAUUCAAAUUCAUAGUUAAGUUAUUUAAUAUGGAUAAGUAUAUAGAAAGAAGUUUGAAAGCUUAAAUACUAUGGGAAAAAUUAAGAAAAAUACUUUCAAAUAUGAAUUUGAAAAAUUUGAAAUAAUAUUUUGAGGAUAAAGAUGUUAAAGAUAAAUUGAAGUAAUUUUAUAAAGUAAAAAAUUAAAUAACAUAUAAAAUAAGUAAUUAGGAUUAGGCCUAAAUUUGA